AUGGCAGCAGCCAGCUUGGCCUCAAGGGCCAGGGGGGCUGUAAUUGGGGGCUUAGUGGCAGAUGCUGCAGCUGUCCCUUGUCAUUGGUGCUAUGACACCACAAAGCUUGCUGACCACCUCAAAAGUGCUCGUCGCGGACCAGCAUUCUGUGAUCCUCCAGGGAACGUCUUCUACACCCCUCCCCCCGGUGGCUUCAGCUGCUACGGGGACCAGACCAUGGCACUGCUUGAGUCCUUGGUUGCUUGUGAGGGCAAGUUGAAUGUGGACGACUAUGCCUCUCGCUUGGAAGGCAAGUUUGGCAAAGCCAGUGCCUACGAGGUGGAGGCCGUGGAUCUUGAGAAUUGGCCGGAGCUCAAGAAAAACCCAACUGACGCGGAUGGCAAUGUGAUCGAGGCCGAACGCAAGUGGAGCAUGCCAUUGUCUGGACCAUGGCGACAUGGAUCCGUCAAAGGCUUCCUCAAGCAGUAUGUGGUCGAGAAGAAGAAGCCGUCAGAAUGUGGUUCCUCAGAUGAGCAGGUGGAUGGAUGUUGCAAGGUUCCUCCUCUUGUUGCUCUCUUGGCUGGUCAGCCGGCUUUGUUGCCGACUGUGGACACAGCCGUCCGUGUCACACAGAACACUGACAAAGCUUCGGCGUUUGCGUGUGGGUUUGCGCGUGUCCUUGAGAAAUUGGUACUGGGAACGCCGACAGUAAGUGAGGCAAUCGCAGCAGCUCAAGCGGACCUGGCUAAUCCAGACCGUGUCUUCAAAACGACGCUUGACGAUGAUGUGGCUGCCAAUCUUGGCCGUGUGGUGGGCGAGUUCGCCGGAAUGCCGCAUUCGGAGGUUGGCAUGAAGCUGAAGCCAGAGUCUGCUGGGUUUCCCUUUGCUGGCCUUGCCUGA